GUGUUUUUUUUUUUUUUACUAAGGAACGCAGGUUGUGAAGAGAAUCAUCAGAAGGAAAGAUGAGUGGCGGCAACAGGAGCGGACCCCCAAAGCAUCAGAACAAGUACGCAUGGAAACCCAACGCUGGUCGCAAAAUCAACGAAACAGAAGUUGGAGGAAGGUUCAGACCCCUAUCUGAGAUCACAGGGGUGUGUCCCCGUUGCAAGGAACAAAUCGAGUGGAAACGUCGUUAUGGAAAGUACAAGCCUCUUCUUCAACCCGCUAAAUGUCAGAGAUGUUCCAAGCGCAAUGUUCGACAAGCCUAUCAUAAUUUGUGUUCUGGUUGUGCCAAGGAGCAUGGUGUAUGUGCAAAGUGCUGUUGCAGUAGGAAACAAAUAGUUGGAAGGGAUUUGUCAGAAGUUGAGGCUGAGCAAAAGAUGCUUGACGAGGCCAUUAAGAAUUCUCGGGAGAGAGAAAGGAGAACCCUAUUACGUGCUAUGAACAAAGGCAAAUCUAAGAAUUCAAAUAGUACCCCAUCAGAUACUACGGGUAAUAAAGUUGGACAACUGUUUCCAAAUGCAUCACUUGAAGACUAUGCCAAACUGAAUAGUGUUAAGGUGGAGCAUGAUGAUGGUGAAAUUUGUGAAGAUGAUAGUGAGGGUGAAGUUUGUGAAGAUGAAGAUGAUAACAGUGACAAUGAAGAUUGUGAUGACGCUGGUAACACUGACAGUGAAGAUUGUGAUGAGGAUGACGACAAAAAUGAUGAAAGCAUUAUCGAUCACCCCAAUUCCAAAAAUGAAUGAUUCAGUGCAUGAGUAUAUCAGUUUCUUGUAGAAAUUCAAAUUACAAUACUUAUUUCUUUGCAGACUAUUUUCGGUGCAUCUGUUGCGCAUUAGGUGAGAAAUAUUGUGUUGAAUACAAAUUUUGGUAAGUUGUAUCUUUAUUUGAUCGCCUUAUGGGUGGGCCGGUUCUUCCUCUUUUUUGUCCUGACAUGUUAUGCCGAGCAUGAUCAUCAACUUAUUAUAAAGUUGUUACCUUCAUUUUGAGGUA